AUGGCGGCGCCGCGCUGGCUCGCGGGCCUCUGGCUCGUCGCCGUGGCGCGCUGCUCGGACGAGGACCGCGGCGGCCGGCGGCGGCCCGUCGUGCUCGUCGUCGCCGACGACUUCCGGCCCCAGGUCGGCGCCUUCGGCUUCGACGACGUCGAGACGCCGCACCUCGACCGGCUCGUCGCCGGCGGCGUGAGCUUCACGCGCGCCUACGCGCAGGCGCCGAGCUGCAACCCGAGCCGGACGUCGUUCCUCACGGGCCUCUACCCGGACGUCACGAAGGUCUUCUACUUC